UGGCAUUCAGGUUUUAGAGUCGAUCACCAGGUAGCACCAUCACAGUCGGACCGACAGCAGCAGGAAACGAUGAGUAAUCCCCUACAGGAACAAGACGAAGAUCUUUUCGUCUCAACAGUAGAGAGUCUGAAUCCUGCCAGCAACCAUAAGCCCGAGGAGCUCAACCACAAUAUUUUGGAAGCUGCUGAGGACAUCGAUCUCAAUGACGAUGAAAGCGGGACCAUCACGCCAGCCACACAGACUCAAGAUGCUGCUCCCACAAUAUCGCCUCUGGAACAGGUCCCGCCGCCAAUGACCGAGACGGCCAAGAGCGCUGCUCCGAAAAUCGUUUCCAAAAACAACAACGAGCAUAAACUCCAUGCUGUGAGCGCCAAUGGACAACCGGACGACCGUUUCAUUGAGAUCAAAGUCGGUUCGGCGAGCAAAGUCGGCGACGGCAUGAGCGCAUACCUGGUCUACAAAAUAACCACGAAAACAAACCUCGGAGUUUUCAAAAAGAGCGAAUUCGAAGUGUCUCGUAGGUUCUCCGAUUUCUUGGGGCUCUAUGAGAAACUCGUAGAAAAACACGUCAGCUCAGGCCGUAUAGUUCCUCCAGCGCCGGAAAAGAAUGUAGUCGGAAUGACGAAGGUGAAAAUCGGAAAGGAAGAAUUGGGUAACGAUGAGUUUGUUGAGAGACGUAGAUCUGCGUUGGAACGUUUCCUGGUUCGAAUUUCUCGUCACCCCGUUCUUGUGAUUGAUCCAGACUUUCGGGAGUUUCUAGAGCUUGAAGGUGAUCUUCCAAAAUCGUCUCACACCUCGACCUUGUCAGGAGCGGGAGUUAUCAAGCUCAUUAGCAAGGUCGGAGACACGGUGAACAAGAUCACCUACAAGAUGGAUGAGAACGAUAGUUUGAUUCAGCGUCCGGAAUUUCAUCUCCAGUGGUUCGAGGACAAGUCUCUGUUCAUUGAGAAUCUUGACGUCCAACUUCGUAAGCUGCACCUUUCACUAGACUUUAUGGUACAACAGAGACGAGAGCUAGCCGCGAACUCUGGCACAUUUGCACGCAGCGCAGCCAUGCUUGGGAACUGUGAAGAGCACACUGGACUUUCUCGGUGCCUGAGCAAACUGUCCGAAUUGCACGAAAAGGUUGAGCAGGCCCAAACUCAGCAAGCCAACAACGACUUUUACCUUCUGGCGGAGCUCCUCAAGGAUUAUGUCGGGCUCGUCGGCGCGAUUAAGGAGGUGUUCCACCAGAGAGUCAAGGUCUACCAGACGUGGCAACACGCCCAACAAACCCUCACCAAAAAGCGGGAGCAGCUCAACAGGUAUCAGCUGAGCUCGCGCUCGGAACGAAUCCCGACCGCCAAGAACGAGGUCGAGGAGUGGGAGGGCAAAGUAGAGCGGGGCGAAGAAGAAUUCCGAUUGAUCUCCAAGGUCAUCAAACAAGAGGUCGAGAGUUUCGAGGUGAAACGCAUCGAAGAAUUCAAAAACUCCAUCGUGCGCUACAUGGAAUGCCUCUUGGAGAAUCAGCAACAGUUGGCGCAGCUGUGGGAAACAUUCCUGCCCGAAGCCAAGGCCAUCGAAGAAUAG